AUGGCGGGAAAUCCAGUGCCACGGUCGCCAAACCGUUUAGGAGGAUAUUUAACCAGGAAACAGGAAUAUAUUUUCAAUCUUUUAUAUGACACAAUGCAUGACAAGAAUUUAUCAAGACAAGAUUUUAAAGAGUUACAAAAGCGGAUGUCAGAUUUAAGAAAUUUGCGACCAGCAUCAGAAGAGAAUCGUAAAUUACAGACGAGAAUAGGAAGUAUAUGGUCAGGUUUAAUGAAAAGUUCUCGACACUACAGAAAAAAUCCUUUACAACAACAUUUGAAUGUUCCAGAAUGGUUGGCCUAUUGGAGUGAUUUUGUAAAGUCGGCGAGAUCAGUUCGAGGCUGGCCUGAAGUUUCAGAAGACGGAUUAACAGAUUAUCAGUGGCAUAAUGAAUUUAUAGAUCUUAUUUUCGAUAACAUGGAUUAUAAAGGAGAUGAAAGUCUCGAUAAAGAAGAAUACAGUAGAUUUAUGAAAGCUUUCGGUUUAUCAACGGAUCGCUGUGAAGAAACAUUUUUAUCUAUAGUCAAUAAUACCAAAAAUGGUCAGAAGAUUGACCGUCAAAAAUUUAAAGAUCUGUGGUUUGAAUUUUUAACCAAUGAAAAAGAAGAUGGCGUUGGAAAUUUUCUGUUUGGAAAUCCUUUAUUGGAACUGGUAGACGAAACGUAAAGACUUGUAAAUCGAGAGUGUAGAAUGAUCUAGUAAAU